AUGUUUAUGCAACCCAGGAUCACCAAGUUCGUCGACAGCCUGCGCAAAGUACCCGAGGGCGAAAGCAUAGAGCAGUUAAAGCUUAACGAUUAUCUCCAGCCUUGGGGAUUUACCAUCUAUCGGACUUAUUACCUAGCUAAUGAGCAAUGGGACAAGCUGCUACAGAACAUCACCACUGGUGUCAAGCAUCGACUCAAAGCGCAUGGAGAAUCAAAUGAAGACCCUGCCAUGAUUACCAAAGCGGAGGAACUCUUCAAACUAGAUGCUCGUUCAGAUCCCGCGGUCCUGGACGGCUUGACACUCGAAGAGGUACGGCAGCUUUACCACGAUGGAACGGGAGGCCAGCCAAUGAACAAAGACAAUGGUCCAUGGCGAGUCUUCAUCCUAGUCGACGCAGACGUGUUGGCGAGCCCUGACCUUGGCAUGAUCAAAUGUGUGGCGGCGGAUUACGACGCGGCUGCUGCUGUGCCAAAGAAUACGGCAUUCGGCCCCCAGCGUUACUUUGGGUGGUUGACCAUGUCUUCCGAACACGUAUUGACUUUGUGGUUUGAAUUGGAAAUGUGUUUCUUCGAGGAAAUCGGCAAUGGUACAGCUGGUGGCCCAGGCGCCUGGUGGGACCCAGACAAAUGGUGA